AUGAGUUCUGCCGCCUGGGAAGGCCAGGACCAGCACAUGGCCUCGGGUCCCGAUGACGACUUCCAUCAGUUCCUCGACAUGACUGGCAUGGGCACCAUCCCCGACGCGACCGCCAUGCAGUUUGACUUCCACCCCUUCAACGACGGCUCCUCCGCCGCGCCUCAGCCCAUGAUGGCCAGCGCCCCUCACCCGCAGCACUCCCAACACCAGCAGCAGCAGCAGCCUCAUCAGGCCUCCUCGACCGGCGAUGCCCUCAUGGCCGACUCGGAUCCCUCCGCCAUGAUCCCUCGCAGCGACGGCCUACUGCAGAACCACACCCCCGCCAUGUCUGCUGUCUCCCACCCGUCCAUGCUCGCCAGUUCGGCACCCGAUUCCAUCUCCAACAUCGACGCCCAGAUUCACUACCUGCAGCAGCAAAAGUUUCACCAGCAGCAGCGCCAGCUCCAUGAACAGCAGGCCACCUUUUAUGGCACCCACGCCCACUCGGUACCCCCGACUCCCCAGAGCCUCGAGAUGCCUCCCGGCAGCGGUCAAUUCUACUCCCAGGCCGAGCAGAUGCCUCAGCGCACCGCCUACGACCGCGGAUACCACCAGCGCAUGGCCGAGCAAGAUAUGGCGUUUACGCCGCUUGUCUCCCCCGCCGUCACCCCUCUGGAUCCUCACUUCAACAUGGACAGCGCCUUUGCCGUCCCCGGCUCGUAUUUCAGCCCUCUGACGUCUCCUGCGCUGCACGCCCAGCCCGAUGGCUCAAUAUACGACCACAGCACAAACUCCAACAACUCUCCCAUUGACAUGGAUCUAGAAACGGCUCCCGUUGCACAACCAGUACAGCCCAGCCAGGAUCUUGCCAAGAAGGCUCGCAGGAACAAUGCCGCCAAGGCUCGCUCGAAACCAGCCGUCAAGAACUCGCCUAUUUCCAAGCCCCAACGCCGCAAGACCGGCCCUAGCCCUGCUCUUGUCUCCCAGGUUCUAAGUGAGGUCGAUGAGAGAAGGUUACAAAGCGGCGGUGAAACAGGACUGCUACCCCUGCCCGCCACUUCGACAGAGGGUUCGGAGGAAAAUGCUUCAGUUUCACCCGAGAACCUCACAGACAUGCCGCCGCCGCCCGUGCCUGCGCGCAGGUCCAACAGCAAAUCCCCCUACAUCCAAGCUCAGACUGCCAGCUCCAAUCAGGCACCCCCACUCUCGCUCAACGAAGACCGCCAGCAGCCUCACCCCGCUACACCCGCCUCGCUUAUGAAGCUGGCAUCUCCCAAGGGCAAGAAGCUGCAGUCGACACAGCAGGGUGACACGGCCACGGAGCAAAUUGAGUCUCUGGAGCUACCCGAGUCCGUCUCCAACAGACCACUUGCGCCUAUCAACACACAAAUCGCCUCGCAGUUUCCCGGCAACGAUCAGCCUGCCUCUGCCCGAAGCACAACCUUGCACCCUUCGCCAUCACCGAACCUGCGCCCUACCGGCGGCACUAUUUCCGCCAAUGCGAGCCCCUCGCUCGGCCCUCGAUCAACUGGCCCGUCGGCGCGCAAGACCCCGCAGAUGCUCUCGCGGAAUAGCCGAAACCGCUCUUCCGGCUCCGUGCACGUGUCGCCUGCUCUGCUUCCCCGGAUCUCGCCCAACAUCAAGCCGUUGAUUCCCGGCACCCCAGGCAUGUCGGCAGAGGAUACCUCGCGCCUGCUUAUGUCCAAAUCCAACUAUCAAAACAUUCUCGAGGGCAACACGGUGCCUGGUGUCAGCUACCCUACGGAACUAUCAACCAACCUCACUUCGAAGCGCACUUCGCACAAGAUUGCCGAGCAAGGCCGCCGCAAUCGCAUCAAUUCGGCCCUCCAAAUUAUGGCGAGUCUGCUGCCCGAUCACGCGAAGCCCUCGUCGGAGGACGGCGAGGACAACAAGGCGGGCGGCGGCAGCAGUAACAACAACAAUAGCACACAGAGCAGUAAGGCGAGCGUGGUGGAGAAUGCGAUUGUGCACAUGAAAUACUUGCAGAAAGAAAAUGGAGACUUGAAAAAGGAGCUGGAAGAGUUGAGGAGUAAAAUGCAGGGUAUGCAAGAGGGUUGA